GACAGCAUGAACCAGACAGAGAUUGAGAAUUGCAUAGUGGAUGGGACCUAAAUAAGUUAAAAGUGAAAUAUAUCAAUAAAAUAGUGUCUAUAUAAGCAUUACAAAAGUUAUAUUUUGUUUAAAGUAGCAUAAUGGCUACAACUUCAAUAGUACAGCAAUUCGUUGCUGGCCUAAAGUCCAGAAAUCGAAAUGUGCAAAGUAAGACUGCCCAGGACCUUUUUCUAUACGUUAAAACAGAAUUACGAGAAAUGUCGCAGGAGGAGUUAGUGCAAUUUUUUGAUGACUUUAAUCACCAAAUAUUCAGUAUGGUGAUGUCUGCAGAUAUUAAUGAAAAGAAAGGAGGUGUCUUAGCUAUAAAGUGCCUUAUAAGCGGUGACGUUGUUAAUACUAUGAAACGCAUUUCACCAUAUUACAAUCAUUUGCGCCACUUACUACCGUCAAAUGAUGUAUCCGUUAUGGAAAUCGCUGCCAGAACAUUGGUUAAGUUAGCAAAUCUGCCAGGAUCUAAGGGCGCAGAAUCAUUUGACUUUGAUAUAAAACGUGCAUUCGAAAUGCUUAGUGGUGAUAGACAAGAGUACCGACGUCACGCUGCCGUUUUUAUUUUACGAGAAUUGGCAAUUGCAAUGCCUACCUAUUUUUAUCAACAAAUUUCUACAUUUUUCGACAAUAUAUUUAAUGCAAUAUUCGAUCAAAAACCAUCAAUACGUGAAUCCGCAGGUGAAGCGCUUCGUGCUGCAUUGAUUGUAACGUCACAACGUGAGAAUACAAAACAAUCAAGUGAACCACAAUGGUAUAAAAUUUGCUAUGGGGAAGCAAAAAACAGUUUCGUACAAGAGAUUAACGUGGGCAAAGAGCAGAAGGGCAUGACACGUGAUGAUUGCAUACAUGGUGCUCUUAUCAUAUUCAAUGAAUUGUUUCGUUGUUCGAAUGCAGCCUGGGAGCGUCGCUAUAAUAGCCUAAAAACCUUACUGCCCGAAGCACAAGAGAAUAAAUAUUGUGAGACCAAUACUUCUAGUUCAGUGGGAAAUCAACUAACCACCAUAGUACCACGAUUAAAAGCGCCAUUUAUACAAAAAGUCGGUUCCACGCAGACUCAAUUAGAAUCUGAGUAUCAAAACACAACUUCAAAUAAGUUUUCAGCAUUCAACAUACUUGAGUCCACAUACUCACGUGAAAUUUUAACUGAGAAUUACAUUACCAUAUGCGACAAUGUGCUUGAACAAAGACUUUCAAAGUCUACCUAUGUACAACAGGGUUUGCUACAAAUUUUGCCUCGUCUAGCUGCUUUCGACCGCAAUACAUUUGUACAGAAAUAUUUAAAAGUUUGCAUACAACAUCUGCUGAGCAUACUACGUGGAAAGGAAAAGGAUCGUAAUAUUGCAUAUAUUACUAUUGGGUAUAUUGCAGUUGCUGUGGAAAAUGAUAUUAAUAAGCAUUUAAAAACUAUAAUGUGCGCCAUUAAGCUAGCACUGCCUGCUAAGGACCUACCUAGCAAACGUAAAACUCCUAUUGACCCCGCAAUUUUUGCCUGCGUUACUCUGUUAGCUCAUGCUGUGAAAUCUAAUAUUACGGAUGAUGUGCGAGAUAUAUUGGAACAAAUGUUCUCUACCGGUUUGUCUCCUGCAUUAACAGUGUGUCUACGUGAAUUAGCGGAGAAUGUGCCAGUCUUAAAAGAAGCCAUCGCUGACGGUUUGAUUGGUAUUUUAUCACAAGUGUUAAUGAAUAAACCUGCUGCUAUACCAUAUGCAGCUAUGCCAACACUUGCAGUGGAGGCGUCUCUACAUCUACAAUAUGACGUUCCCACUUUUGUACUAGCACUCAAAACGCUCGGUACUUUCAAUUUUGAGGAACAUAAUAUGUUAGAUUUUGUACAAAGAUGCGCUGACUGUUACAUCAGUCAUUGGCAGCAGGAAAUUCGUUUCGAAGCAGUGCGUACUUGUACACGACUUCUUAAAUUAGCUAUACAAACUGCUGACAGCUUACAGAAUUCCAGAACACUUAGAGAAACACUAUCUCAUGUCAUAGAACGUUUGUUAAUUGUAGCCAUUACUGAUACGGACUGCAAUGUUCGUAUAGGCAUUUUGCGCUCUUUGGAUGAAACUUUCGAUAUUGCACUAGCACAGCCAGAAUCACUGAGUGCGCUUUUUAUAAUUCUGAAUGACGAGAUUUUCGAAAUACGUGAACUGGCUAUGGUAACAAUAGGACGACUCUCUGCUGUAAAUCCAGCAUAUGUAAUGCCCAAAUUGCGGGAAACAAUGAUACAAUUGCUUACAGAGUUGGAAUACUCUGGCAUGAGUCGUAAUAAAGAACAAGCCGCUCGUAUGUUGGAUCAUCUUAUAAUCAGUACACCACGCUUAAUUUCGUCAUAUAUGACGCCAAUACUAUCUACACUUGUACCAAAAUUGCGAGAAUCGGAAUCAAAUCCUGGUGUUGUAUUGAACAUACUUCGUGCUAUUGGUGAUCUAGCAGAAGUCAACGAAGGCGCUGAAGAAAUGGAGUUAUGGGCUGAUGAACUGCUAUCGAUUUUGCUUGAAAUGUUAGGAGAUGCAGGUAGUCCUGAUAAACGUGGCGUUGCCCUUUGGACUCUGGGUCAACUUAUAAGCGCGACCGGUCGCGUUGUGACACCAUAUCACAAAUACCCUGGCCUAAUUGACAUACUUAUUAAUUUCCUUAAAACCGAACAAAGACGUUCAAUACGACGUGAAACUAUACGCGUCUUAGGUUUGCUAGGUGCAAUGGAUCCAUAUAAACAUAAAAUGAACAAAGGUCUUAUAGACAAUCAAAAGGACAGCGUUUUAAUUUCAUUGUCUGAUUUUAAAAUGGACGAAAAUCAAGAUAUAUCAACAGCAGAACUACUUGUGAAUAUGGGCAAUAUAUUGGAUGAAUACUAUCCAGCUGUUGCUAUAGCAGCUUUGAUGCGCAUUUUAAGGGAUCCUACACUUAGCAGCUGUCACACUAGCGUUGUACAAGCCGUCACUUAUAUAUUUCAAAGUUUGGGUGUGAAAUGUGUGCCAUACUUAGCACAAGUUUUACCCAGUUUGCUGGACAAUGUACGCACCGCAGACAUUAACUUGCGUGAGUUCCUCUUUCAACAAUUGGCCAUCCUUGUUGAAAUUGUUGAGCAGCAUAUAAUUAGUUACAUGGAUGACAUAUUUAAAUUGAUCAAGGAGUUUUGGACUAUAAAUACACCUUUACAGUCUACGUUAAUAAAUUUGAUUGAACAAAUAGCGGUGGCACUGGGAUGUGAGUUCUGUAACUAUCUAUCAGAGCUGAUACCACAAAUUUUGCGUGUACUACAGCAUGACACAUCCAAGGAUCGAAAUGUUACAAAACGUCUCUUGCAGGCUUUGCAAAAAUUCGGUAAUACCCUUAGCGACUAUUUACACUUGAUUGUGCCACCGAUCGUCAAGUUAUUUGAUUCACCUUAUGUGCCCCAACAUGUCUCUUUAGCAGCAUUGGAAACAAUAGAUAAUUUAGCUACUUCAUUAGAUUUUACAGAUUUUUCCUCCCGCAUUAUACACGCACUUGUACGUGUUUUGGAUACUGAACCGGAUCUUCGCGACCAAGCAAUGUCUACAUUAUGCUCCCUAGUUCAACAGUUGGGCACCAAAUAUUUAGUUUUCGUACCAUUGGUCAGUCGUACUAUUACUAAGCACCGUAUAGUAGAUUCGAAAUAUGAAAAAUUACUGACCAAAAUCCAAAGUAUUUCCACAAUGGUAACUGAGGAUCUGCAAGAAAAACAAAAGAAAAAAGUUGAGGCACCAAGCAAUGUCUCUGAUGGCCAUACAACAAUAAAAAAGCUGAAUGUAUCUACAAAAAAUCUACGUGCUGCCUGGCAAGUGACACGGCGUGUGUCUAAAGACGACUGGGUUGAGUGGCUUAAACGUCUUUCCAUUGGUUUAUUGAAGGAAUCACGGUCUCAUGCGUUGCGUGCUUGCCGUGUUCUCGCUCAAGAUUACGAUAAAUUGUUACGCGAUCUUUUUAACGCUGCUUUUAUAUCAUGCUGGACAGAACUCUCUCCAGAACAUAAAACAGAACUAACGCAGUCACUUAUACAAGCACUCCAAGUAACAGACAUGCCCGAGAUUACACAAACGAUACUAAAUCUAGCCGAAUUUAUGGAGCAUUGUGACAAAGAUCCUUUGCCAAUUGAAACAAAGCUGCUCGGCACUCGUGCCAUGUCUUGUCGCGCUUAUGCAAAAGCACUUCGUUAUAAAGAAGAGGAAUUUAUGACCUCUAAGGAUCCGCAAGUGUUUGAAUCGUUGAUACUUAUUAAUAACAAGCUGCAACAGAAAGAGGCAGCGGAGGGUUUAUUAACAACAUUCCGCAAUGCUGUCAAUGAGCUAAAGGUACAGGGUCGUUGGUAUGAAAAAUUACAUAACUGGGAUCAAGCGCUGGAACAUUAUGAGAAACAUUUGAAACUCGAUCAAUCAGAUCUUGAAAUACGUCUUGGUCAUAUGCGUUGUUUGGAAGCACUUGGUGAUUGGUCUCAAUUGAGCAGCGUAGCUAAAAACGAGUGGGACACUUUAAGUCGAGAAGCCAAGUCUCGUGCAGGUCCUCUAGCAUCAGUUGCAGCAUGGGGUUUACAGGAUUGGGAGUCUAUGGAAGAGUACGUUAGAUGCAUACCCACUGAAACCCAAGAUGGUAGUUUCUAUCGCGCUGUAUUAGCAGUACAUCAUGAAGAUUUUGAUACCGCUCAACGUUUGAUCUACGAAACUCGUGAUCUUCUUGAUACUGAGUUGACAUCAAUGGCUGGGGAAUCAUAUGAACGCGCCUAUGGUGCCAUGGUUUGUGUGCAAAUGUUAGCCGAAUUAGAAGAAGUUAUACAGUAUAAACUUAUACCAGAACGACGAGAUCUGUUAAAAAAAAUGUGGUGGAAACGAUUGCAGGGAGGCCAGCGCUUAGUUGAAGACUGGCGUCGCAUCAUACAAGUUCAUUCGCUAGUCCUAAGUCCACAGGAGGAUGUACAUACAUGGCUAAAAUAUGCUAGUCUUUGUCGUAAAUCAGGUUCACUGCACCUUUCACAUAAAACUUUAGUAAUGCUUAUGGGUAUUGAUCCCUCAGAACACGCUAACGACGCACUACCAUUCAACCAACCGCAAGUGACUUAUGCAUACACCAAACAUAUGGCUGCAUCCGACAACAUGCAGGGUGCUUAUGAGCAGCUCAGUCAUUUUGUCAACAAUUAUACUGCGCAAUUGAACUGUAUUCCUGAGGAAGUCAAACAGGACGACCAUCGUCUUUUGGCGCGAUGUUAUUUACGUUUAGCAACUUGGCAGAACGAAUUACAAGGUAUACUGGAUGCUGAUGCAGUACAGGGUGCGUUGGAUUGUUUCGAAAAAGCCACUGACUAUGAUCCGAACUGGUACAAAGCUUGGCAUCUAUACGCCUAUAUGAAUUACAAAGUAGUGCAGGCACAGAAACAAUCGUUUGAAAAUCUACUGCAUACUCCUGGCGAUGCUUACAUACAAAAAGAGAAGGCGAUCAUUGAGCAAUAUGCUGUACCAGCAGUACAAGGUUUCUUCCGUUCCAUAAGUUUGAUAAAAGGUAAUUCGCUACAAGACACAUUGCGUCUUUUAACUCUUUGGUUCGAUUAUGGACAUCACGCAGACGUUUAUGACGCGUUACUCACUGGUAUGAAAAUGAUUGAGAUCAACACGUGGUUACAAGUUAUACCGCAGCUUAUUGCACGAAUUGACACACAUCGUAAUUUAGUGGGGCAACUAAUUCAUCAACUGCUCAUUGAUAUUGGAAAAUUCCAUCCACAAGCAUUGGUUUAUCCACUUACUGUUGCUUCCAAGUCUGCUUCGAUGGCACGUAAAAAUGCUGCUAUUAAAAUACUUGAUUCCAUGCGCAAGCAUUCAUUCACUCUGGUCGAACAAGCCGUUAUGUGUAGCGAGGAACUCAUACGCGUAGCGAUACUCUGGCACGAACAGUGGCAUGAAGGUCUCGAGGAAGCAUCUAGACUAUACUUUGGAGAUCGCAACAUAAAAGGCAUGUUCGAUAUAUUAGAACCACUACAUACAAUGCUUGAACGUGGUCCAUUAACGCUUAAAGAAACUUCAUUCUCACAAGCAUAUGGACGAGAAUUAACCGAUGCCUAUGAGUGGACUCAACGUUACAAGGCUUCUUCAAAUCUAGUAGAUCUUGAUCAUGCUUGGGACAUUUACUAUCACGUAUUUCAGAAAAUAUCACGACAAUUGCCACAAUUAACGUCUCUUGAACUACCAUACGUUUCACCAAAACUGCUCGCCUGUAAAGAUUUGGAAUUAGCUGUACCAGGUUCAUAUAAUCCAGGUCAGGAACUAAUACGCAUAAGUCACAUUAAAACAAACCUACAAGUCAUUACAUCCAAACAACGGCCACGUAAGCUCUGCAUACGUGGCUCCAAUGGCAAAGACUAUAUGUAUCUGCUUAAGGGUCACGAAGAUUUACGACAAGACGAACGAGUGAUGCAACUGUUCUCACUCGUAAACACUUUACUGCUUGAUGACCCCGAUACUUUCCGUCGUAAUUUGGCUAUACAACGCUAUGCCGUCAUACCACUAAGCACGAAUUCAGGUCUUAUAGGUUGGGUACCACACUGCGAUACACUGCACACACUCAUACGUGAUUAUCGCGAUAAGAAGAAGGUACCGUUGAAUCACGAGCACCGCACUAUGUUGAGCAUGUCACCAGACUAUGAUCAUCUAACACUGAUGCAAAAAGUUGAAGUAUUUGAAUAUGCACUCGCACAGACACAAGGUGAUGAUUUGGCCAAGUUGCUAUGGUUAAAAUCACCUUCGUCGGAAGUGUGGUUCGAGCGUCGCACCAAUUAUACACGUUCACUUGCUGUUAUGUCUAUAGUCGGCUACAUACUUGGCUUAGGCGAUCGGCAUCCUUCAAAUCUUAUGUUGGAUCGCAUGAGUGGAAAAAUAUUACACAUUGAUUUCGGUGAUUGUUUCGAAGUAGCCAUGACACGCGAGAAAUUCCCCGAGAAAAUACCGUUCCGUUUGACACGUAUGCUGAUCAAAGCAAUGGAAGUAACAGGCAUCGAGGGUAGCUAUCGACGUACUUGCGAAAGCGUAAUGUUGGUUUUACGUCGCAACAAGGAUUCGCUUAUGGCAGUUUUAGAGGCUUUUGUUUAUGACCCAUUGCUGAAUUGGCGUUUGCUCGACACUGACAAAACCCACCGAUCAAAAGCAAACAACGAAAACAGCACGUCAGGCAUGAUCGGAGGCAACAGCAGCUUAAGCAAUUCUGUAGAAGAUUCAUUAUUGCUCAGUAAUCCGAUUGCGAAAUCAAAGGCUUUUGAUGGCCAACUUGUUCCAAAUCUAGUAGGUGCAAUCAAUACCGAUGUGACAAAUACCAAAGCCAGUAAGGUUAUUAAAAGAGUGAAACGCAAGUUAACUGGUACUGAUUUCCAGACCCAAAAUAGCAUAACGGUACAAAAACAGGUUGAUUUACUUAUACAACAGGCCACAAAUAACGAGAAUUUGUGCCAAUGCUAUAUUGGGUGGUGUCCGUUCUGGUGAAGAUUCUAAGUAAUUUAUUUAUGCAAUGGAUUUUAGCAAUAAAUCGUAUAGGCUUAUUAAAAUACACAAUUGCUACCACAAGUGUUGACUUCGCUUCAUUUUUUCCCCAUCAGUUAUAAUAUUAGACGAAAUCAGAAUUAAAUUGAAGACUUCGGAAAACGUACGGAUAAUUUACAGUGAUUCGCAGAGAUUUGGGCUAAAAUAGUUCUGUGAAAGAUAUCUUAUUUUGAAAACGUACUUUCAAGCCAACAUUGUAUCCACUUCAAAUACAUAUACUGAUGCCCAACUAAAACUUGGCACAUUUAUUUUGGUCUGCCUUUCUUUAUUCUCCUGUAGAUAGUACCACAAAAAACAAUGGAGUUUCAAUUCUACACAUCAUCGCAUCCUGUUUAUAACACUCACAUUAAACGAAAAAAGAGAAGAACUGCAAUUUAAGCUGGAUAAGAGAUCUGAACUGCUUCAAAAGUACACACAUUUCGAAGGAAGCGGCAUUGUGAGCACACAAGCAUAAUAAGCCUAUAGCGUCACGGACUUACUAUUAGUUUAACUAACCAUUAUUUUAAGUCAGGAUUUUUUAUUUCAUUUCUUAUACUAAAUGUAGUUUAGUGAA